UUCAAUUCAUUGUUCACUCGUCUGUUCACUCUCGCCCCGUCGCGUUUCUACGCAGUUGUCGCGCCGAUUUAUUGAUCGUCGGCUGCCCGGGAUGUAAUUUCCGCGUCGCACUGCAAAUUAUUUACUAUAGAUGUUCUGAGCUAUAGAUUGCUAGUUGAGGCUAGCAGUUAGUUGCCGGUGCUCAGCGUAUCGUCUAGGUCGCGGUCAUAUACGCUAAACAAAAUGAGCGAACCAGAGCAAAACGGACGGAAGGAUCAGGAUCCUGUGGACAACCCCCCUGAUGCCCCUAAUGUUAAGGCAGAGGCCGCACAGGGCGAACAGGCCGAACAGGCUGAACGGAGCGCAAAGGCCGCACAGGUCGAACGGGCCGCAGAGAGAGUACAGGGUGAUCAGGCUACACAGAGAGCACAGGGCGAACAGGCCGAACAGGCUGAACGGAGCACAAAGGCCGCACAGGGCGAACAGGCCGCAGAGAGAGUACAGGGUGAUCAGGCUACACAGAGAGCACAGGGCGAACAGGCCGAACAGGCUGAACGGAGCACAAAGGCCACACAGGGCGAACAGGCCGCAGAGAGAGUACAGGGUGAUCAGGCUACACAGAGAGCACAGGGCGAACAGGCCGAACAGGCUGAACGGAGCACAAAGGCCGCACAGGGCGAACAGGCCGCAGAGAGAGUACAGGGUGAUCAGGCUACACAGAGAGCACAGGGCGAACAGGCCGAAAAGGCUGAACGGAACACAAAGGCCGCACAGGGCGAACAGGCCGCAGAGAGAGUACAGGGUGAUCAGGCUACACAGAGAGCACAGGGCGAACAGGCCGAACAGGCUGAACGGAGCACAAAGGCCGCACAGGGCGAACAGGCCGCAGAGAGAGUACAGGGUGAUCAGGCUACACAGAGAGCACAGGGCGAACAGGCCGAGCAGGCUGAACGGAGCACAAAGGCGGCACAGGGCGAACAGGCCGCAGAGAGAGUACAGGGUGAUCAGGCUACACAGAGAGCACAGGGCGAACAGAACGAUCAGGCUGAACGGAGCACAAAGGCCGCACAGGGCGAACAGGCCGCAGAGAGAGUACAGGGUGAUCAGGCUACACAGAGAGCACAGGGCGAACAGGCCGAACAGGCUGAACGGAGCACAAAGGCCGCACAGGGCGAACAGGCCGCAGAAAGAGUACAGGGUGAUCAGGCUACACAGAGAGCACAGGGCGAACAGGCCGAGAAGGCUGAACGGAGCUCAAAGGCCGCACAGGGCGAACAGGCCGCAGAGAGAGUACAGGGUGAUCAGGCUACACAGAGAGCACAGGGCGAACAGGCCGAGCAGGCUGAACGGAGCUCAAAGGCCGCACAGGCCGAACAGGCCGCAGAGAGAGUACAGGGUGAUCAGGCUACACAGAGAGCACAGGGCGAACAGGCCGAACAGGCUGAACGGAGCACAAAGGCCGCACAGGGCGAACAGGCCGCAGAGAGAGUACAGGGUGAUCAGGCUACACAGAGAGCACAGGGCGAACAGGCCGAAAAGGCUGAACGGAACACAAAGGCCGCACAGGGCGAACAGGCCGCAGAGAGAGUACAGGGUGAUCAGGCUACACAGAGAGCACAGGGCGAACAGGCCGAGCAAGCUGAACGGAGCGCAAAAGCCGCACAAGGCGAACAGGCCGCAGAGAGAGUACAGGGUGAUCAGGCUACACAGAGCGCACAAGGCGAACAGGCUGCACAAAGCCCACAGGGCGAACAUGAUUUACAGAGUACACAGGCCGCACAGAGCGUGCAGGGCGAACAGGCUGCACUGAGUGCACUGGACGUGGACAGUGCACGGGGAGCACAAGCCGUUAAAGAAAAUUCUGAGAACCUUCUGAGGUGUCCUGCAUGCUGUUUGCUUGGCAUACUAGAAGCACAGGCCAGAGAGGAAGCAGAGGCCACACAAGCAUUGCAGGCUGAACAGAAAGCACAGGCCGCAAAGAGCGCACAGGAACCUAUGGGCGCACAGGAAGCACAGAGUACACCGAAAGCGCAGGGCGCACAGGCCGCAACGGAUUUUAAUAACCUGAUGACAUGUCCUUCAUGUCGUAAGUUGCGACCCGCACAGAAAACACAGAAAGCACAGGAAGCACAAGUCAUAAAGGAAGCAAAGGCUACACCGGGCGCACAAGCUGCAUCAGAAGCACAGGCCGCAAAAGAAGCACAGGCCAUACGGGUAGCACAGGCCAUACGGGUAGCACAGUGCAUACGGAGCGCACAAGCUACACACCACACCAAGCCUGUACACCCUGUACAGGCUGUACAGAGAGUACAAAGUGUACGGGGAACUCAGGCCGUGCAGGGAGCACAGGCUGCACAAAGAGCACAGGCUGCACACGGAGCACAGGCUGCACACGGAGCACAGGACGCAUGGCGAGCAAUGGCUGCACAGGGUGAACGGAUCGCACAGGGAGCACAGGCAGUACAGAGAGCACAGGCCGCAUGGAGAGCUCAGGCCGCAUGGGGUGCAAUGACCGCACAGGAAGCAUGGGCCGCACAGGAAGCGCGGGCCGCUCAGGAAGCACGGGACGCACAUGCCGCAUGGAGAGCACAGGCUGCAUGGGGAGCACGGCCACUAUGUCCACAUGCUGCAUGGGGAGCGCAGGCGGCAUGGGGACCGCAGGCGGCAUGGGGACCGCAGGCGGCAUGGGGACCGCAGGCGGCAUGGGGACCGCAGGCGGCAUGGGGAGCACAGGCGGCAUGGGGAGCACAGGCGGCAUGGGGAGCACGGGCCGCAUGGGGAGCGAUUGCCGCACAGGGAGCACGGGUCGCACGGGGAGCACAGGCUGCAUGGGGAGCAAUGGCCGCACUGGGAGCACAGGCCGCAAUGGGAGUACAGGCGGCAUACGGAGCACAACCCGCAUUCAUACGUUUAAAUAUCCAAAUGAGGGAAGACUCCGACGAUAGUGAUAACGAGAGUCUCAUGGAUUCCAGCAGGAGUGCCUCAGACGACGAGUUCAACGGAUAUCCUGAUCUCAACAACCCGGAAUUCUUGCAAAACAUGCAGCCUCGGCCAGAGUCCCAAGCCGACUAUGCGGCGCCGCGGCCACAACAGCAGCAACAAGUGCCCCAGGGAUACUACAAGUAA